AUGUCUACAUCGACUACGACGUCGACAUCGACGUCAGCAACAGGAGAGUCAGCAGCAGAGUCAUUAAAGAAACAGAUUUAUAUUAGUAAUCUGGGAUUCGAUACUACUACCGAUCAGUUGGAAGAGUACUUCUCAUCGAUUGGUCCAAUCAAGAGAUCAUUCAUCGUCACCAAACCAAAUGAUAAGACAAGAUGUGCUGGUACUGCCUUCCUCUGGUUCGCACUCGAGGAGCAUGCCGCCAAGGCCAUCAAAGAGAAGAAUCGUCAACAAUUCAACAAUCGAAAGAUUAAAGUUGAGGCUGCCAAGCCCAAGCGUGACACUCCCCAGCAGAACUCGAGAGGACAGAAGGGUGCGAAUGAUGAGAAACAGCCACAACAGCAGCAGCAACAGCAACAACAGACACAACAGCCACAGCAGCAGCCACAACAACCCCAACAGCAGUCAGGUAGAGUCACGAUUAUAAUCAACAAUUUCAAUGAGGAGGAUAAGACAAAGGCAGCAGAGAUCAUUGGUAUCAAGCCUGCUACUAUACACUCAAUCAAACUGAUUCAGUUCUCUGAUGCCACCGUACGACUGAUGUGUUGGGAUCACAAGGGUGCCACUGAGGUCAUGUCCAAACUGGCCACAGUCAAACUCCAUGGCAAGCCACUUAUCUUUGCCCGUGAGACUGAAGAGAUGAACCAUGAGCUAGUACUCCGUAACCUACCAUUCACUGUAAAUAUCAAGAUGAUCAAGGACAAGUUCCAACCUUAUGGAGAUAUAUUGUUGGUUAAGUUGCCAACGAAGCAGGCUGCUGGUGAGAAGGCACAACAGGUGGCAAAGGGCUUUGGUUUCAUAUUGUUCACAACAAGGAAGAGCGCUGAGAACGCUAUGAAGGAGCUGAAUGGAUCAAAGUUUGGCCAGAGACCAUUCGCCAUCGAUUGGUCCAUCUCAAAUGACAAGUACAAGGACAUCAAGGUGAAGCAAGAGGAGGAGAAGGCAAAGGCCGCCGCUGCCGCUGUCAAGAAGGCAGAGGAUGACGAGGACAACGAAGAUGAGGCCAAGGAAGAGGGAGAAGGAAAGACCGUGGACUUUAAUGAUGAUGGCGAGGAAGAAGGUGAUGAGGAGAAGGUUAAAUUCGAAGGCAACGAAGAUGAGGACGAUGACGAGGAGAUGGACGACGACAAAGAAGACGAGGGCAUGGAGGACGAUGACGAUGAUGAGGUCGAGAACAUGGACGAGGAAGGAGAGGGAGACGAUGACGAGUCAGACUUUAGCGAGUAUGAUGACGAUAAAUUCGAUGCCGAGACAAAGAGAGACAGGAUUGAGAGGGAGAGACAGGAGAGACUGGAGAUGGCUGACAGGAAUAAGAAGGAGAUGGACGAGGGCAAGACAUUGUUCAUCAGAAAUGUCUCAUUCGACACGACCCAGGCAGACCUCGAGACAAAGUUUGAGGAGUUUGGCAAGCUCAAGUUCGCCAGAUUGGUCAUUGAUCAGGUCACCAACAAGCCCACUGGAAAAGCCUUUGUCAAGUACCUGUCACUGGACUCUGCCAAGAAGGCAUUGGAAGCCGCCAAAAUAGUCAACCUGUUCGACCCAUCCAAGGAUCUCACCGACGACAAGGAGCGCGAGAGACAGCGUGCCAAGAAGGAGAAGAAGAACGACUUCACCAUGUCCACACUGCUGCAAGGUGGCAUCAUGGUCAAUGGUCGUGCCCUCAUCAUCAACAGUGCCGUCGAUCAUCAGAAGGCCAGAGAGUUCAAGGACAACAAGGUGGCCAAGGUCGACAAGAAGAACAAAAAGCUGCUGGACAUUGGCAAGGUGUUGCCACAGUCUGAGCUGGGUCAGACCUUCAACGACCGCGACUGGCAGAUCAGAAACGUUGCUGAGCGUGAGGCCAACACUAAGCUCAAGCUCAACCCCAACUACUACGUCUCGCCCACUCGUCUAUGUUUCAGGAACCUUCCCAACUACGUCACCGACAGCCAACUCAAGGCUGUUUGCUUCCGAACCCUCAAGGAGAAGAAGACCAAGGCAAAGAUUAUUUGUGCCAAGGUUGCUGUUGACAAGGAGAGAUUGAACGCUGCUGGAAAGCCAAAGUCAAAGGGAUACGGAUUCGUUGAGGUGGACGACCAUCAGGCCGCACUGGACCUCUUGCACUCAUUGAACAACAGCACAAAGGUGUUCAAUGGUACCGAUGGCAAGGAGAGCAGGACAUUCAUCCAGUUCUCCAUCGAGGAUGCCCGUGCCGUCAAGAAGCAGAAGGAGAUCAUGGAGAAGAUUCACAGGAACAACAUCGAGAAAAACAAGGAGGCCUUCAAGCUGAAGAAGGAGAAGAAGGCACAGGACAAGGAGAAUGGCGUCAAGCAUUUGGGUCGUGGCGCCAAGCAGCGUGAGAAGAAGCGUCUGCUCAGAGAGCAAGGCAUCGAUACGUCAAAGAAGAAGAGGCAGACCAUAAGUGAGGCCGAUAAGAAGUUGUUGGCCGAGGCCAAGGAGGAGCAGAAGGAGCUGCCUCAACAUGUCCAAGAGAAGAUGCUGAGGAAACUAAAGCAACAAAACACGACUGCUACUGCUGUCAAGUCAACAAACAACAAGAAGAGAAAGCAGGCAGAUGACGCUGAUGAUAUCGACGAAGACAUCGCUCCAUCAUCAUUCACUCGUCCAGUUGAUGGCAGUCUGAAGAAGCAAAAGAAGAGAUGGUCCGAUUAUUAA